CGCCUUGUGUGAGGAGCAGAUCCGGUCUUGGUUUGAAGUUGAUCGUGUAUUGCAGUUAGCACUAUGCAGCAGGUAUUCAAGUUGACGUGUCGCCAGAAGAUUCAACAUUGCAACCAUCCGAUGUUUGGUGGGUAUCAAUCCGACGGUUUUGAACAAUGUUUCCCUUUUGAGGUUGCCCGUUACGAGUGACAAAUGCCUAACGACUAUUGGAUAAUUAAAAUGACAAUUUUUAAAAUAUUACUGCGAAAAGAAACGGAUCGGACUCGGACUAUUCCAGUAUUCCUGUUCUGGUUCUGGGAACGAACAGAAAGAGAGUCGCAUACCAACAGAAAGAGAAAGAGAGUCGUGACAGAGAGGACUGAGGAGGCGAAAGAGCAAGAGAUCAAUGAGCGACGUUAGUCCGAAGCUCUACACCACCAAACCCAAAAAAUCACAGCUGAAGCAACACAAGGGAAAGGAAUUCUAUUCACCCCCAUCAAUGGAGACUCCUCCUCCUCCCCCUCCUCCUCCUCCUCAGCCUCCGAAGGAAUCGUUUGCCAGACGUUACAAGUUCAUGUGGCCACUCCUCUUGACUGUCAAUCUUGCUGUGGGAGCUUACCUUUUUAUGAGGACAAAAAAGAAAGAUACAAGUAUAGAGGAUGCUGAAGCUGUGGUAAAUGCUCCCUCUGCUCCAAUUGCAAGUGUAGGUGUAGCUACCCUAACUACACCGCAAAUACCUCCACCUGUCCCACCCAUUACAGAGCCCCCGAAGGUACUCCAACCCAUCCCUGAGGAUCAGCAGCGUGAGCUAUUCAAGUGGAUAUUGGAGGAGAAAAGGAAAGUCAAGCCCAAGGAUCCCCAAGAGAGGAAGCACAUUGAUGAGGAGAAGGCCGUUCUUAAACAGUUUAUUCGAGCAAAAUCCAUCCCGACUAUUUAGUGAGAAACCUCUUUCUGGAAUCUGGAUUAGUAAUUUAGAGAUUCCCAAACUUGGGUUCUGUGUGAUGUUUGUUGUAAUGUGCUUAUGGAUUUUUUUUUCUUUUUUUUGGGUGUGUAUGAUGAAUAGGCAAAUGCUCCUCCCUUUCAGUUAGUCUCCCUUACAUAUCAAAUUUGCAUUGUAGCUUCCUGAGCCUAUGAAGAAGUAUUGAAGUAUGGAACCAUAAUAUUGAAGUGACCUUUCCCUUCAGCA